GAAAUUCCAGAGAAUAUUUGGGAGGGGGGCCAGGAAGAGGUCGCUCCAGUUCCGUGUGACCCAGAAGCCUCCUUCUGCAAGGCAUUCUAGAUACUUCCCAUGCCAGCCCGAGGUGGGUAUGAGAAGAGCAAGCUGGGUUCACUCGUUUCCGGGCUAAGUAGGUGCCAGCCGUGGAGGUAUACUGCUGUGGUCUGUGACUUUGUCUGGGCAGGGAAGCCUGGGGCCAUACUGAACGACACCUGGUAGAUGGUAGAUGGCAUUUGUCUCAUGCUAGGGACAGGUCUCCCGACCUCUGUGUUUAAGUCUGUGAAUGUUUGCUAGGCUUUGCUCCCCACGCCCUGGAGGAAGUUGAGGCACAGGGAUGGUUAGAAAGUUGUCCAAAAGCUGCCCAGUAGAAUAGAACCAGGGAACCCUGGCUCCUGUGUACAUUCAAAUCUGCCCCUGGUUUUCACUGUGUAGCGAGUUAAUGGCCUUUUGAUUAUUUAAGCAGAAAAAUUAAAUGCGUAAGGUCCAGGUGCUGCUUGUCAUCAAGAGAGGAGGCGGUAGCCAUGGCAACCCCGCCCCAGGAUUGGGGCCCUGCCCACCUGCCCAUCUACCAGUUACUACCCACUCUCCAGGGUCCCCACCUUCUUGAGUUUCAUUCCUUCCUUACUCUAAGGUCUAAACUCACACAUCCUGUUCCCCGCUGAGGCCCUAACUCUGAGGCCCAGGGGUAGGCAGGGUGACAAUUGGCAAUCAAUUGGUUUGUCUAUUGUGUGAGAUAAAAGAAGGCUGCCCACAUCUGGGGGAGCCAGUUUCAACUGGAAGAAAGCUAUAGGAAGGUGGUCAGGUGUCCCCAGGUGUCCUCCCUUAGCACUGUCAUACUAGUGGGGAGCUACAGUCACCUUCGCUGUGUGACACAGAGCCAGGAGUGAAUGGCCACCCUGUACAUAGGUCGACAGUCAGGGAACGACACCUCAGAAAACCAGGGAGUGGAUUUGUUGUGGACAGGGCUAAACUGUGUCUCAGUAUAAGAGGUUGGAACAUGCCAAUGUCCUGUGGCAGAACCUAGAUGAGAGGAGGCUCUGCUAGGUUAGGUCGAGGCUGGAAACUAAUGAUUUGUUUCUGGUGUUUUAUUUUUAGAUGUAGACUUGUGUCUUUUAUUUUUUUAUAAAAACAGUACCACGAGCUCCCAGGACCCCCUCCAAAUUAGAAGCCUCUUUCAGAGAUGUAACUGGAAAGUGCUUGUGUGGAGGGCAAAGGGGCUCUGUGUGUGUGUGUGUGUGUGUGUGUGUGUGUGUGUGUGCGCUCGAGGUUUGCCCUCCCACGUGGCCCCAGGAGAGCAAGAUGUAUUGGCUGGAACGGGGGCUGCUUGCCUGCUACCUUCACCCCAAGAAUGCUCAGCCAUUCAGGCAGGACUGAGACGAAAGCAGGCUGACCCUGGCUGCUACUCUGGGCUCCCGAGCUGGACUUCUGUGCCAGAUGAUAAACAUCAGGUGGCCCCCACACCCCCAUAAUUUAUCACAGAGCCAUGGUGUGUGGGGCAGACUUGGCGGGGAGCCAGGUCCCGCUGGCUGAGAAUAGGUCUGUGUCAGAAACGGCUCCUAACACUUGACAAGCAGUUUGGGCAUCGCCCCCGCCCCCAGGCACCCCUCCUCUUCUAGUUUUAUGGCCCACAGAGGACUACAGGUGGCUUUUGGGAUCUGACCUGGGGCAGCUCUCUGGGUAUUUGCUUAGACCACAGCCUCCUGUGUGUGUGUGUGGAGGCGGGGCUCACUGUUGAGUGACAGGAGGGAGGUGACAAGAAGCAGAGUGGGUUAGACUCUGCCUCCCUAGGUUCUCCUAGUUAAUUCGUAAGAAAACCUUGCUUCAGGACAGGAUAGACUAUGCUUCUGAUGACCCUGGACUAUCAGGAGGGGCCACUUCCUCCCCUCAGGCCACUUCCCUCUUCCCAAAUCCCCCAGCCCUGGAGAUGAGGUCCCGGCUGCUGCCUGUGUUCUUUGGGGAGAGCAUCGAGGUGGACCCAGAACCCGCACACGAAAUCCGCUGCAACUCCGAGGUCACCUACGCCUCAGAGAGAUACUUCCGCGACAAGAUCUUCUACGCUCCGGUGCCCACGGUCACAGCCUACAGCGAGACCAUAGUAGCGGCGCCCAACUGUACUUGGAGGAGCUACCGCAGUCAGCUGACCCUGGAGCCUCGCCCUCGGGCCCUGCGCUUCGGAAGCACCGCCAUCAUCUUCCCCAAACUGGCCCGAAGCUCCUUCCGCACCACGCUGCACUGUAGCCUAGGCCAGCCGCGGCACUGGUACUCCUCCAGCCUGCAGCUGCGACGGUGUGGGGAUCCCGCACCCAGUUCUGGCUGCCCCGAUGUACUCUGAGGCGCCCAGUGGCAGAGGAGGAGCCGAGUGUGGGAGGGAGUCAGGAAAGAGGGUCAGGCGACCCCACAGGUUAGGCUGGCUGUGCCCGAGCCUAGAGGAUUCUGUGAAUGAAUCUUUCAUUAGUCUUUACAGACUUGAUGGCCUUAGGGGCAGGGCCCAGCAUGUCCUGGUGUGCCCUCGAGGCAAAGACAGCCCUAUGUACCACAGGACACAGGGCACUCAGCCAUGGUCUGGUUCCCAGCGUCAUUCUUGGAGAGGCUUGUUUCAAAAUAGGCCACUCAGAAGUGCUCUCCCCGGCUGAGAACUGCAGGUAUGGAGGCUGAACUAGCUUACCUUGAACGGAGAUGGGGCUACCCAGAACACAUCCGUUGUCUGCUGUGCAGGGCACGUGUCCCCACAAGACACAUUCCAGACUAGCUUAGAACUCUUGAGCCUCAAAGCUUUCGGGCAGGUGCCCAGGGAGGCUUCAAAGCUAAUGACGGGACAUUGCCAAUAACUGCCUAUGGCUGACUCUGGACUUGAGCCUACGGCAGGGCUCAGAACCCCAAGAGAAACUGCCUGCUUUUUCUUGGCUUCCUGUUCUUGCCUAGGAUGGAUCCUACAGCUAUACCAGUUUUCGGCUCUUGCCCACAACCUGGUCCUGUCCCUGGUUAAAAUGAGUCUCCGAGUCCACUUAGAGAUGGAGACGUCCCUUUGCCUCAACUGGAAACCUGCCUACUGCCUCUGUGGUGGCCCAGAGGGAAGGGACACACUUUGUGGGGCAAAUGGACUGAUUUCUAUCAAUCUAGUAGCUUACCCCAAGUGCCCUCCUGGUUGAAGAACAGCUUAAGAAAUUAGUGAAUCAUCCUAAUAAACUGUACGCACACA